AUGGAUGCCCACGAGGAAAUGUCUGCGCCAACCCGAAUGCAGACACGCUCUUCUCUAGCGUGUCUCGAAUGUCGAUCCAAGCACGUCAAAUGCGAUGCUAAGCAGCCAUGCUGUACAAGAUGUACGGCGUUGCAGAAGCAAUGUCAAUAUCCGACAUCGCGUAGAGGAGGAGCCCAUCGCGCCAUUAUCUCUGAAAGAAGAAGACGUCUCUCUAAGAAGAACAAUUCUCGGCCGGGUAGUGGAACGACGCAGACCUUGACGGAUGCGACUAUCCCAGAACUCGAUGUUGAGCUUAUGCAUUGCACAGAUAUCGCGUUGCCAGAUGAAGACACAAUCCCAGGAGCAAGACUGUUGAAUGAAUCAUAUAAUACCACAGAAGAAGGAGGACUGGCAAAUGAUCCGUUGAUACUUUCUUAUUACAAGAACUUCCACGUCUUCCAUCCCUUCGCUCUACCCCUACCUCAAUUAAUUAAGCUCUGCGAAGGCCCUUCGGCAUCGUCGUUCGACUUUACUGCUCUGACAACUGUCAUGCGUCUAAUUGGAAAUCUUUACGAUGCUCAGGAAUGGUCCAUCUCUCUCCAGAACGAGGCCGAGUCUCGCAUCUCCCAACUCCCUUCCUCAGACCCAGUCCAAGUCCAAUGCCGACUUUUAUACUCGAUCGCUCUAUUCUGGAGUAGCUACACUACUAAAGCCAGCGAAGAAAAGGACAUUGCAACUAAUGUUGCCCUGGAGCUGGGUAUGCACAAGGGGGAGUUUGCCUCUGCUUGUGGAACUGAGAAUGCCGUCCUCAUGGAGUCUUGGAGACGUACCUGGUGGAUGCUAUACAUCGUGGAUGCAUAUUAUGCUGGGACACUAGGGACGAUGAAUUUCAAGACAUUCCAUGUCGAAGCAACAGUGUCUUUGCCGUGCGAGGAAGAAGAAUAUGAGUCAGGUUACAUCCCAGAGCCUCGAACGGUCGAAGAUUUCGACUCUCGUGAGUUUACAGAGCAUGACAUACCCUUCUCAUCGUUCGCAUAUCUCAUCGGUGCUGUGCGUGCCGCCGCAUUGGCAAUUUCUGUCACUCCGAAAAAGGUAAAGAGACAAGACUCGGAGCGAAUGAUACAAGCUGCAGACGCCGUCAUCGAUGCCUGGCUCCUACUUUUACCUAAGGAACGAAAGGUUAUGAGGAACGAUGGCAGUAUUGACGAGUUGAUGUUUCAAGCCAAUCUGCUUGUUCACGUGUAA